AUGGCACAAAACGAUUUUAUUGCGGCGCUUCAGCGUCCAGUAGAUUCAAUAAUUAAAUCAUUUAAUGAUUUACAUGAUCAGCCAUUAGCUGAAGAACAUUGUCAAAAGUGUUAUCAAGUGUGCGCUGAUAAAAUUAAUUACUUCAAGGAGAUCUUGCUAGAUCCGCAAAUAAAUGUUCAAGUCAGAAGAAGUGUACGAGCAAAUAUUGUACUUUUGUACUGGUAUGCAGAUCAAUUUGCACAAUUGAGUGGAGAAGUAACUGGUGGUGACUUGCGUGCAAACCGACGUCUCAUCAAGUGGCAAGAUCUUGAAAACGCAUUUUCUAAUAAUAUUAGAUCAGGAUGCGUGGUGAAUCAAGCUCACACUGAUCUUCGUACUUUUCUUGAUGAUGCUCAAGAUCUUAUAACUGAAAAAGUUGAAAAUAUGCUCAGAGAUGUUGCUGGGCUUAAAGUAAAUGUUGAAUUGAUUUGCAAAUUUCGAAAUGUAAAAGCUGAAAAUGUCAUCGAAGAAACAAAGUCAUUCAACACAAAGAGUCGAGACAUUUUACCCGCAACAUCUCUUGCUACUUGGUAUCAGGAUCAUGUCAACGAUAAAUUAUUGAACAAAGUCGAGGAAUUCAAUAAAAAAGACUCUGGGUGGAGUUUAACUGAAAUCCACAGUUUGAUAAUUACAAUUUCAAGAUAUGCACCUCUUCAAGCUGGGGAUUCAACGUUUGUGAAGCUACCCAAGUAUAUACAAGCGAAAAAAGCAGCUUUAAAUAUUCAAAAUUUUGAUGAACACUGUUUUCUCUGGAGCAUUGUAGCAGCAUUACAUCCCGCUACUAAUGGUCAUCCUGAGAGAAAAACAUCUUAUCCUCACUUCAGCUCAAUAUUAAAAUAUGAAGUCCAUAUGACAUUUCCAAAGGGAAAAGAUCAAAUUUUAAAAUUCAAAAACUAUCGAUAUAAAGACACGGUACCGUUUGUUGUAUAUGCGGACUUGGAAUGUACACUAGAAAAAACCCAAGGAGAUGAUGAAACUCAGAAGCAUGUUCCACACAGUUUAGAAAAAUUCGCUAUCGAGUAUGAAGGAUAUUUAAAAAAUCCCAUACCAAUGAAGCCGCUUACUAAACAGCAGCAAGAGACACAUGAUCAGGCAACUGUUUGUCAUAUUUGUGAAAAAAUAAUUACUACAAAUACAGAUAAGUGUUAUGAUCACUGUCAUUUCACUGGUAAUUAUCGCGGUCCAGCUCAUAUAUCUUGUAAUGUUAAUUAUCCAAAGUCACAUGUUAUCCCCAUAGUUUUUCACAAUUUAUCCGGUUAUGAUUUACACUUUUUAAUUGAAAGUUUAGCUACAUUAAUUAAAGGUGAUGUAACUUUACUACCAAUAAAUAAAGAAAAAUAUAUAUCAUUCACAAAAUCGAUUGAAAAUACUUCAGUGACAUUACGAUUUAUAGACUCAAUCAGAUUUAUGGCAUCCAGCCUUGAAAAAUUAGCUUCAUAUCUUGGUGAUGAUGAAAAGCUUAUAACGAAACUUCACUAUCCUGAUCCUAAUCAAUUUAAAUUAGUUACGCGCAAAGGCAUAUUUCCAUAUGAAUAUAUUUCAAGUAUUGAUAAACUUGAAGAUAAACAAUUGCCGGAUCAAAUAUCAUUUUUUUCAAAGCUAACAAAUGAAAGUGUCUCUGAUGAGGAUUAUUUUUUUGCUCAGCUAGUCUGGAACAAAUUUAACAUCAAAACACUGGGAGAGUACUCAGAUUUAUAUUUUAAAACUGAUGUACUUCUUCUUGCAGAUGUCUUUGAAAAUUUUAGACGUAGCUGCUUUGAAACUUAUAAUCUUGAUCCAUUACACUACUAUACUGCUCCUGGUCUGUCUAAUGAUGCAAUGUUAAAAUACACUGGUGUGGAACUUCAGCUUCUUACUGAUCCUGAAAUGGUACUUUUUAUCGAGAAAGGUAUCAGAGGUGGGGUAUCUCAGUGUACAAACCGAUAUGCUGCUGCAAACAAUCGGUACAUGGGUGAAGACUUUGAUCCAAGCAAAGCUGAAUCAUAUUUAAUGUACUAUGAUGUGAAUAACUUGUAUGGUGCAGCAAUGAGUAUGUCACUGCCGACGGGUUCAUUUGAGUGGGUGGAAAAUGUUGAUGAUGUAAAUAAGUUUUUAAAUGAUAAUGAUGAUGAUACAGGAUAUAUAUUAGAAGUAGACUUAGAAGUACUACAGUUUAAACAAUCACCUUGGCUCAAAAGUUAUAUCGAUAAAAACACUGACUGUAGAAAAUUAGCAAAAAAUGAGUUUGAAAAAAAUUUUUAUAAACUCAUGAACAACGCUGUAUUUGGUGAGACUAUGGAAAAUGUAAGAAAGCACAAAGAUGUACAAUUAAAAACUGAAUGGGAUGGUAGAUAUGGAGUCAAAGAAAUGAUAUGUAAGCCAAAGUUCCAUAGUCUUACCAUGUUUGAUAAAGAUAUGGUCUGA